AGGGUGGCGAGGUGUGUCCUCGCGCUGCUCCCCUCCUAUCGCGCGCUCGAGGGAAUAAACAGAGUUAUAAAGACAGCACAGUGCGGGACCACUAUCUCCUGUUAUUUUACGCUCUUGUAGCGUGUAAAUCAAAAGGAAGUUAAAUUAAAGACAUUAGUAUGUUUUUUAGGAGUUAACAGGAUCUCAUACGUCGGAUAGUUGGUGUCCUCGUUUGGCUAAAUUUAACUUGGUAACUUUCUAAAUGGGAGCGAAGAGGCCAGUUUGCUGCGCCCCAUCUCACUGAGGGCUCCUCGGCUGGACAGGUGGAUUUCGGAUAAUUAGUGAAGGUAAGAAGGUAACUUUAUAUAGACAUGCAGCCUGAUUUUAUUUGCAAAGGGCAGAAGCACUUUUCUUUUCUAAAACUUUGUGAAACAUGCAAAAAUGAGGAAAAACUAAGUCCCUGAGAAGAACUGUUUUGAAAGACAGAUUGUGUUUGUCCCAGCAUCUUGUCUUGCAGGUUAACUCUCUGUAAAAAGUAGAGCAGGCUUUCCUAAGUCCACAUUUCAACGCUUUUAGUUGUAUUUGUAAAUCUAAAUUCCGUAUGAUUCAAGGUAAUCAUACGGAAGAGAUAUUGUUUACACUCUCUGUAAGCACAGCUCCUUAUUGUUUGGGCUUCCACUUAAUCCCCUGCUGUAUUAAGUUAAAAUAAAAUCAACUCUAUAGUUUAAGAAAGAUAUCUGUUGCCCUUUGAUUAAGAGUUUUGCUUGACAAAGGUCUAGAUGUAUAGAAAUGAUUUCAAACAUUGUGGAAUGUUAUUCAUGUGAUAUGCAUGAGUAAAAUUAAUGUCAUUUUGCAAAUAAACAAAUUUCCAGAUUUAAAACUUUCUUUUCUUUACCUUUGACUGAUAUGAUAAGUUAAUUACCUGCCUGUUGUGCCUUGCCUGAACAGAACUGUUGAAGCAAACAGAAAUACAAUGUAUUUAUUUUGGACUAAAGCAUUAUCAUUUUUUUAGAAAAGUCAUUUUCCUUAUCGCAUUACACAUAUUUAAAAAAGAAAAGGAUUGGAAAUGUCUUGCUCACUCGGUUGCAGUAGCAGCAGCCCCUUCUAGCUGUUUGUGUGUCCCAUCAGGUCUUCUUUGUGGGAACGACAAGAUAUACAACAGGUCAAAGACAAGCAAUUGGUGUGAGAGGUUCCCGCCUGUUUCUCUAGAGCAGAGCUAACCAGCAUUCAGCUUUGCCCCCUUUAAUAACCUACACUGGCAGAGUCACAGGGGCUACUUGACACAGAUAAGAAGAUCGAAAUAGAAACACCAGACACUCUGCCAAAUGCACUGAUCAGAUGGGACCCAACAUGUACACACACGAGGGCACAGAUAUUUAACAAAAACAGGCUCUCUUGUCGGUUUAAUUAAGUUGCUCAGGAGAAGCAUGUGCCGAUUCAGCAGGGAACUGAAUGUGCACAAAACCUUGGGCUGUUUUCAGCCUCUGGAAGACAGCAUGUCAAGAAUUUAUGAUGUAACCAAGUUGGGGUGGAGGGCUAGGGACUGUCGCUGUUGUCAUCUACUAAGUGAGCUGCCAAAACAUGCAGAGACUAAAACAUGGAGACAUAGACCGGUAUAUGAGCUGUUCCUGGAUGACAACACAUCCUGAAUGUGCUGAAAAACAUUGUUUGGAGAAUUUUCCUGUGAAGUUUCCUAAAAAAAAAAUGUUCCAUGCACUCUGCAACUCUAAAGGUCUGAAGGGUAGGGGUCCAUUACUUUGCACACAACAAGCCCCAUUGUUCUUCUCCCAAGUCCUGCAACCAAGCAUUGUGGGAAGGAGAGGAGGACAGCGUGUAAGGGGAGGGAGGGUAUGUGUGUCGGAUUUCUCUGGAGAGGAUGGAGCGCUCGCUGUUUCCUGUUUUGUGGAGCCCGGUGGUGAAAGAACUUCCUGCUCAGAGAAUGGGGUAGGAGGUCAUCAAAGUGCCCCUUAACACAGUAGCAGCUUCUGGCAUGAAUUGUUUGGCGUCUGUGUUUGUGUCUGCAGGUAUCUGAGGCCUUGGCAUGCCAGUCCCCCCUCCUCCACCCCCUCCCCCUCCACCUCAGGCUCCCCCUCCGCCUCCACCUCCACCCAGUGCUGCCCUACCACAGGUAACAGUGUGCGUAUGUGAGCUUGAGUGACUCUACUAUUCCAUGCAAUCGUUAACGCUCGCCAGUGUCCUUCUCACUGACCGUCACCUGCAGGGUAUUUGCAUUAUUGAUCGGGAUGAUAUACACACACACAAACACACACACACUCGCACACACACAGAAUCAAGCAGACGGCAGACUCUCAGUAGCAGCAGAGUGUUAUGUUUCCACAGCUGGGGCACAGUGUCCUCAUGUUAGAUGAGUUGUUACUGCCAGCAAACAAGGCCACACCGCAGAGACACACAGCUUCAGGAGACGUCAAUAAACUGAACCAGACUACAUGAGAAAACAACAAACUUCAUACAGUGUACAAAAAUGAUCCUCUCUUAUCCUCUAUAACUCUCCACAGAUUUAGUUUUUUAUGCAUGUUUAUAAUAAGAGAUGUUGAAAUGGUGGUAUAAGGGAUCUAUAUGAUAUAUUCCCUACUCAGCUCCUUAUGUAAUAGGAUUAAAUCAAAUAAAACCUCCAAUCUGGGAUGCACACUGCAGGAUUACAGUUAAUGAUUAUGUUUGUUUCGAUUUAGAUGCUAUUAGGAUUAGAUUUUUUAAAAUAUGCCAGAAAACACAGAGCCUUGUUAAUGAAAUUUCCAGGGGCGGACUCAGAGAGGCGUCCAGGGGUGGGAAUGCCCCUUUAAAAUAUGAUUGGCCACCUCCGAGGCCAUGCUAAAAUCCUAAACCAUGAGUAGCCAUUCACAGUAAUAAAGUACCACCAACACUAGACCUCUGUAUUUACAAACUGAACUCUGCAAAGGCAAAAGAAGUGUCCAAGUGUGAUUUCAUAUUACAUUAUGGCGAUGUAGAGAUGUGUACAAACACACGGUGAGAGCUUUGAAGUGCACGUGGAUAGAGAAGCCCUGGAUCUGGUACGGUCUCACAAUGUGAGUGGAUUUUACAGUAGUUUGAUACUUCAUAUGUUUAUUUUCAAAGUUUAUAUUGCAAGCACAACAAAACUGAGUUGUAUAUGACAGCAUCUUGGACCCUGCCUGUUAUUACUUCCUUUUGGGUGAACUGCCUCUUGCCACGCAUCAUGCCAUUGUUUUGCGAGUCACAAGGAACUAUGUGGAAGGCCUCAAUAAAGGAACUGUUAAGCUUCAAGGCAAAUGAUAAGCUGAGUCUUACAGCUCCACAACAUCUUUUCUUCCUCAUGAGGUCAGAAUUAUGCAUUUUGAUUCGUUCUUUAAAUAAAUCUUGUGGAGUGAUGUUUUAUGGAAAAGACUCCUGAAUUAAAAACAACAAAUAAUCAAUGGAGGAGGCUGAUGUGAGUUUCUGUGAAUAGGUUGCAUGCAGUAGGCCCAUCUGUACCUCAUGAUGAUAAACACAAGCUUGACUUGACUGUACUAGUAAUCAGUGGGACAGCAAAAAGAGAUGGUUCUUGAAAGAGCUUCACAGUUGCACAGAAACAGCACAUUGUGAACUCUGUGGAAAGCAAUGAAAGUGUUACUGCAGGGAGAUAGUUGAAACUGUUUCCCUCUGGGAUGCCUCCAAAGACAAACUGUCUCAUACAGUACAAUGACUAGUAUGCUGUAUUUUACAAUACUUCCAAUCCUGCAUUAGAUAUGUUAUAAAAUCAAUACAGAGUGAGAUCUACAGAAGCCCUUGUCCAUAAAAGAUAGCUGGAAAAGCUGCUUUGAACGGUUCAGAGAUUCAGCAGAUCUGCUCGACUGUAGAAGAUGUUUUCAGAGAGUGGGGCCAAAACAGCAAAGGAGCAAUUAGUCUUGAAGGGAGGAAGGAUAAAGGAAAUUAGAGUUGAAGGGAAGUAAUGAGAAAUAAAAUCUUUAAGUAUCCUGAUUCAGACUCAAUAGAGAGAACAUAUGGGGUAAAACAGCAAGUCAAAGGAUAAAGUUAUGAAGCUCUUUGUCAUUUUUCCAUCACAGUGUCCAGCUGAGGCUCCUAAGCUCCAGUCUGGAGGAGGGGGAGGAGGGAGAAAUGCCCUGCUGGCUGACAUCCAGAAAGGAGCCCGGCUCAGGAAAGUCACACAGGUCAAUGACCGCAGCGCCCCGGCUGUUGAUAGUAAGAGCAAUGACCCCACUCUCUACCAGUAGACACACACUCUGGCUGUGCUAAGACACUAAAUCUCUGCCAGUCUGAAGCACAACCACUGUAAUUCUGAAUUUAUUGUACAAUUGUGUAUUAAUCUCUCUCUAGUUAUAUGGUUAUAUACAGUAUAUAUACGUAUUUGUUUAUAGAGGGGGCUCAGUAAGAAUAUGUUGUGAGCUACAUUUGAGCAUUAUCUUACACAUAGUUGUAUGCAGAACUUUAUAGCAAAUAGGGAUGUGAGCAAAAUAGAAAACCACUGUUUACAGACAAAACAAUCAUUGUGUAACUGAAUAACUUGGAUACAUUCAAAAUAGCUUGUUGUUGUUUAAUAAUUAAGCAAGAUGUUGUUAUAAAGAGUGAGGUUGUUCUUCUUUAAAUACAUAAAGUGCUUCAUACUCACAGCAAGUGAAACCUUUACUGUUAAAAGGAUGAGGUUUUUGUCUGAUAACACUACUUAAACAUGUACAGGAGAAUACAAAAGAGGUCCAAAUUUGUUCUCAGGGAUGCCAGUUCCUCAUAGCAGCUUUAAAUGAUCUCUGUUUUAAGUAGGGGAUAAGUUAAGUUAAUUUAGGAUCCAUACGUGGUGAGCAGAACAAAGAAAAUUGACUUUCUAGCAACAGGCAAUGAAAAUAUACUCUCACUAUCUCUGCUGCCAUUGCUUAGAGUGCAGGAAAGGAUCUUGUUCCACUUUUCCUGGUCUGACCUGGUUGGCUUUCUGUCAAGGAGUAGCUCUAAAGGCUGUCCUCACGCCUGUGCCUGGGAACUGUUUUCAUUUCCAGACUCUCAGCCUGAGAGUAACAAAUGUUUUUGCCACAGUGUCAACAGGCAGGGGUGAAAUGAGUCAGACUUUCUACAAAUGUAUCACAAAAUGUGUGAUCAGGUUGAGCUUACUGUUGUCUAUGUUAUCUAGUAUUGAUCACAGUUGUUUUGGGAUUUUGGCCAAUAAGAAUGAUGUAUUUUUAACAACUGUGAAUAAGGGAGAAAUCAAGGUAAUAAUAAGAAAUGUGCACAUGUGUUUUUCCCAAGAAACCAAAACCAGCUCUGGAGAUACAUCCAUCAGUGGUGGUUCUUCUACUGGAGGGGCAGCACCCAUGGGACCCCCAUUAAGUGGACUCUUUGCUGCAGGGUUCCCUGCCCUCAGACCUGUAGGACAGAGGGACCUUGUAGGAAAGACCCCAGGUUGGUGCAGAAUAUCUCACUCUCUCUGAAUUCAUGUUGUCUGUAUAUUCUGAUGUGUGGUAGAGUCUUACAUGUGUCUGUCUGUGUGUGUUUAAGUGUUCCGCUCCAGCUCCUCCACCUCCCUGAAGCCCCUCUGGAACCCCCCCUUACCAGCAGACUCUGAACCUCAGAAGACGGUGGAAGUCCGAAGCUCCGCCCACCGCUCCUUCGCAACCUCGUCCUCCGCUCCUCCCUCUCCCUCUCAUGGCAGCAGGCAUCCGCCUCCCUUCCCUGCUUCCUCUCCCCCUACGCCUCCUCCUGCCCCUCCCUCAGCCCCUCCUCCCCCUCCUCCACCUCAAGCCUUCCAGGACCGUCCAGCCAACAAGCCUCCACCUCUCCCCUCCUGUCCUCCUCCUCCUCCUCCACCUCCCUCCCAGGUCACCAAGCCCACCUGGCUUCCCAUACAGCAUGUACAUCACACCUCCAUCCCCCAGCCCUCUACUCCACCUCCACCUCCACCUUUCCAGUCCCCUUCUGCUGUGCCAGGAGACCGAUCGUCAGGGUGCUUCUACCCUUCUCCAUCUCCUGUCAACUCUGAAUCUUCCAGGUUCCCCAUCCUGCGGGACAGCCCACUGGGUCCUCCCCCGCCUCCUCCGCCACCACUUCCAGCUUCUUUCACCCCCAGCUGCCCCUCCAACCUCCCUCCUCCACCACCCAAGAUGCCACCAGUGCCCUCUCCAACUAUGCGCUCCCUGCCUCCAUCAUAUCCCUGUAACGCCCCAACCCGACGGCCCCCUGCCGUGCCCAGGAGUGCUGGUAGGUGGACCCCUACCUAGACGCAAUUUAGUGCUCCACAUUUUGAAACUUAGUACAUCAGACCCUUAUUGGACAAUCCAUUUGCCCUUGAAUUCAGAUGUCAGAGCUGAAAAUGACGUCUUGUACGUCAUACAGCAUCAAAUAUAUCACAUCAUUGUUUACACCCAAUGUUAAUGCUGAUGCUAAUACCUCUCUGACCUCUUGUUGCCCAUGGAUACAGGUGUGGGUCGGCUGGCUCCUCCUCCAGCUCCUCCAGUGCGUUCCCCCUCUACUGAGCUGUCCAGCCGCAUUCCUCCACCUCCACCGCCUCCUCCCCUGCCUCCAUCCAGCCUCAGGAACGGUCACCUGCACAGCUUGGGUAAGCCACCUUACAGUCAGCGUCAUUUCAUCUCACUAAUAUCAUUUAAGUUGCCUCAAUUUCAAUUUCUUAUCUUCUAAAAAUCUCCAGCGGAUGAUUUUGAGUCCAAGUUCCAGUUCCACCCUGUUGAAGAUUUACCCCCUCCCGAUGAGUUCAAGCCUUUUCCUCGGAUCUACCCCAGCAAAGAAAACAGAGGUGACACCACAGGACAGACAGUACUUCUGACACACAACUCCAGGAUCAUCUUGUAAUCCUCCCGUAUUCUUUCUUUUUUCUUCCUGUACAGUGAACGCCAAACCACCCGGGAUGAGGACACACCUCCGAUGAGACAAACCCAAUCCGAUCACCAGCUACCCUGUCUUCAUCUCCAUGACAACACCAGGACAGCAAUGGACUCAUUUGGAUUCGGGUCUUUGUGCGUGUGUGUGAUGUUUGUGUUUAGUGAAUUUGUGUGUACGCGUGUGUAUAUGUGAGUGUCAAACAGGGUCCCGCCUUAUUCUGACUAUGUGACCUCUGACCUUUUUCCAGUGUGGAAUGUUUUGAAUGUGUGUGAGGAGGUGGGCUCUCCCUACUCACACACACUUACACACACACACUCUAGCAGCUAUAUUAAUCUUGACUCCUGACACAGUUUGUGAGUAUGACUGUAACUACAGUACACAGAGAACGGAGUAUUCUUAUUUCAUAUCUGUGACUUUAUGAUCUUUGAGCUUUCUUGUGUUUACUUUUUUUUUAUAUGUAAGUAACAUAUUAACCCUUAGGAGUAUAAGUGAAAAGUACUGACACACUAGGAUUAUGGGAAAACAUCAGUUUUCUUUUACUCUGAGGUGUUGUCUGUUAUGAAAAGAUAAUGACUGAGGUAUUACGUUUCCUUUCUUCAAAUACAUGAGCGUGAACUAACACCUGUGAAGACAGUGCCAUCUUCUGGUUCAAAGUGUAAAAAACAAAGCGAGCUGAAUAAAUCACAGUAUUUUGUUUAAAAAAACAAA